UAUGCAAUAUUAGAGAAACCAAGUGAAAUUGAUAAACAACGACAAAAAGAAUUUCAAAGUAAUUCAGAAAUAUUAGAUUUGAAUAUUGAUCAUAUUGAAGAUGAACAUCAAAGUAUAAAAUCAUUAGGUUUAUCACCAAGAGAACAAGAUCUAUUAAAUGAUAAUGAUGAUGAUGAUACAAAUGGUGAUAUUAUAAUGGAACAUAUAUUUAAUUCACAACAACAGCAGCAAAUAUUACCAUCAUCAACAAUAACAAAUAAUAUUAUUGAAAAUAAUAAUAUUAAAUAUGAUAAAGAAACAACAAAAAAAUUACAUACAUCAAUACAUUUUGGUAAUAAUGGAUUAAUGAUAGCUAGUACAACAAUAAAAACACCAAUGAAAUCAAUUACAAAUAAAUUAAUAACAACAAAUGAUACGAUAAUAUCAAAUAUGCCAGUAUCAUCAACGCAAUCACCAACAGUAGCAAUUUUAAAUAAUAAUAAUAAUACAAAUAUAUUUAAAAUUGGUAAUAAAAAUAAAUUUAAAAAUAAAAAUUCAAAUAUAUUUCGUAAAAUUGAAUUACAAAAGAAUAUUGGAACACAUUAUAAUAGUUUAAAUGAAAUGCCGUCAUCAUCAUCGUCAUCAUCAUCUUCGUCAUCUGUACCAUCAUCACAAUUUUUAAUUUCUUCAUCAGCAACACAUCACAAUAUAUAUUCGUUAGAUAAUCAACAGGAUGAAAAUAUUUUUCAUAUACUUAUAAAUGCUUAUGAUCAUUUUUAUUGGCAACCAUCUGAAAUUCGUACAAAAUUAACACCAGUUUGUGGUGUUGAAUUAUUAGCAUAUUUAUCAGCAUUAAAUAAUAAUAUUGAAUGGGCACAAAAAGCAUACGAUUCAUCAGGUCAUUAUCGUGGUGAAAUUCUUUUUGGAAAUAAUUUAUGGUUAGGACAAAAAACAUUUUGUAAUGAAAUUAACAUUAUGACAAAUGAAAGAAAACAUUUUGAAUUCAGUUAUAGUGUUUCGACAAUUUCUUUUAGAACUUCAUUACCAAAAAAUAUCACUAAUGUUAUUCAAUUAGGACAAUGUUUACCGAAAUCAUGUAAUCUUGGUGAUAUUAAAGUGAUUUUAGAAUCUGAUCCACAUAUUAAUUAUUUAAUAUCAUUAAAUACAACAUCAACAAAAUUUCAAAUAUUAAAAAUUCGUCCAGUUCCUGGUGAUUAUAAUAUAUGGAAAGAAAUGAAAUUUAAAAUAUUUUGUGCAUUCAUUGUAUUUGUUAUUGCAUUAAUAAGUUAUGCAAGUUGGUUAGAAAUUUAUAUUGAAAAUCGUACACGAGAUCAAUUACAAAAGAAAAUACCAAGUAUAUCAGAAAAAUAUGAAAAUGAAAAAUAUAAUAAUAUAAAAAAAAUUCAAAAUAUAUCUGAUAAAAAUAACAGAAAUGGUAAUAGUAAUUUAAUGGAUGAUGAUGGUAUUAUAAGACAAACAACAAAUGAUAAUAUUACUGAAAAAAAUGGAAUUGGUAUUGUUACAAUAGUAACACCAAAAAGAUCAUUAGGAUUUUUCGAAAAAAUCAUAUUAUGUUUUUCAUUUUCAUCAAAUUUAUCAACAAUUUGUACAUUUAAAAGAAGAAAUGAGGAAAUUUUAUCUUGUGUACAUGGAAUUAGAGUGCUAUCAUUACUUUGGACAAUUAUGGUUCAUACAUACUUACAAAUGUUUUUGAUUGGAGAAAAUCGAUUUCGUCGUAACAUUGCUGAAAGAUCAUUUGCAUAUCAAGUUAUUGGAAAUGCAACAUUUUCUGUUGAUUCAUUCUUCUUUCUAAGUGGUUUAUUAGUAGUUUUAAUAUUUUUAAAAAAUGUUAAACGAAAAGAAACAAAUUCAAAUGAUUUUGUUAAGAAAGGAUUUUUAAAAGGAACAUUUUUGGUAUUCUAUAGAUAUAUACGUUUAACACCAGCAUAUUUAUUUGUUAUAAUUUUUACGGAAUUUUCACUUAAUUUCGUUUUCAAUAGAACUGUUCAUAUACCGACAACAGCAAAUAUUGCUUGCACAAAUUAUUGGUGGCGAAAUAUUCUUUACAUUAAUAAUUUUUAUCCAUUUUCUGAAUUAUGUAUGAUAUGGUCAUGGUAUUUAGCAAAUGAUAUGCAAUUUUAUAUUUUAGCUGUUGUGCUAUUAAUAAUAUCAACAAAGUAUUUGAAAUUUUCAAUUAUAACAACAUUUGCAAUACUAUUUAUAUCAUGGGGUACGGCUGGAGUUGUAUCAAUACAUUAUCGAUAUUUGCAUAAAGUUGCAGAACCAUUUGAAUCAUUUGAUUUCUUAUAUGAUAAACCAUGGCAAAGAAUUGGACCAUAUAUAAUUGGUAUGAUUACCGGUUAUAUAACAUUUAAAUAUAAAACACCACCAAAAGUGCCAUUUUUAUUAAAUAUUGUCUUAUGGAUUUUAAGUGUUGGAUUACUUUUUAUAUUAAUUUUUGGUGUAUGGAAUGGACAAUUGAAUAUUUUAGCAACAGCAUUUUAUGUUAGCGUUGGCCAUACAGCAUGGGGUCUUGGUCUAGUUUGGAUAACAUUAUCAUGUUAUUGGGAUUUAUCACCAUCAAUUAAUAAAUUUUUAUCAUAUGAAUUAUUUUUACCAUUAAGUCGUUUAACUUAUUGUACAUAUUUAAUUCAUCCAACAAUAAUGAUGAUAACAUCAUUUUUAAUGGAAGGACCAAUACAUUUACAACAUUUAUUUGUAUUAACAGUUUUUUUAGGUAAUGCAGUUAUAUCACUUUUUGUAGCAUUAUUAAUAUCAAUUGCUUUUGAAUCACCUGUAAUACGUAUGUCAAAAAUAUUCAUGAAAAAAGAUUAA